AUGGGGAUAGAAAGAAGAAGGUUCCACCGGCAGCUGACUGUUUUCGUAGUCAUUAUGCUCGCAUCUCCGGUAGCAAUCCCUGUGGCUGCAAGAUGGCUUGGACUUGAUUCUCCGGCAGUCUCGUUAAUGUCGCUGUUUCUUGUCCUGGGAUCGAUGGGGGCAAUAUGUAAGCUUGCGGUUGAUAGAGAGCAUAAGAGAACAAGCAGGAGAGAAAAAAGGAUUAAGAGUAAAUGA